AGAAUGGACUGCUCGCAUAAAAUUUCAAAGCAAAUGGCGGAAAAGAAAUCGGAGGAAAAUCUUGUUUUUCCCCGCAGUUUGUGGCGCGAUUUCAUCCCGUCCGAAUGCUGAACGAGAUCGUUUUGGUCGGCGGUUUGAUUUUUGUGUUUACCUUACUGUACUUAUCGUUUCUUUUGCCUUCCAAGAUGAUCGGAAACGACGAAGACGAGAAGGAGAACUCCACCAAAACAGGCAAGGGGAGGGGCGGAGGAGGAGGUGGAGAUGGGGUUCUGAGGGAACUUUCCCUCACAAACGGACAGAUCAACCGGAUGAACAAGGAGGAGGUGCGGCAGAAACUAGAGGAGCUGCACCUGGAGACGAGAGGCGUGAAGGAAGUCCUGAAGAAGCGGCUGAAGUCUUACUACAAGAAGGAGAAGCUUACCCCGGAAGUUGUCGGCAUCAAGUCCGAACACUACGACUUCCUCCUUGUCAUCGACUUCGAGGCGACGUGCAUGGAGGAGAACCCUCCGGACUUCCAGCACGAGAUCAUCGAGUUCCCCAUCCUGCUCGUCAACACGGAGACUCUCAUAGUCGAGGACCAGUUCCACUCUUACUGCAGACCCACCAUCAACCCCAAACUGACUCCCUUCUGCACAAAACUGACAGGAAUCACGCAGAAGAUGGUGGACAAGGCUCCGGAGUUUCCCCAGGUUCUGGAGGACGUGCUGGACUGGAUGUCCAGUAAGGGGUACGGGAUGGGGCACUCCAGGUUCGCGGUGGCGACGGACGGCCCUUGGGACAUGUGCCGGUUCCUGUACCAGCAGUGCCUGUACUGCGGCAUCCCGUACCCGCGGCCCUUCCGCAGGUGGAUCAACGUGAAGAAGCACUUCGCCAACUUCUACCAGACGCGGGGCGGCACCAAGCUGCAGGAGAUGCUGGCCAGCCUGGGGCUGCAGUUCGAGGGGAAGCCGCACAGCGGCCGGGACGACGCGGUCAACAUCGCUCGCAUCGCCGGACGGCUGAUACAGGACGGCUGCGAGCUGCGGGUUAACGAGUGUCUGAACAAUGGCAGGGUGGAGCCUGUUGUUCCGCCGAGGGCAAAACUGGCCUCCAGUAACUAAGGAGCUCACUUAAGUUACGACCAUGCGUUUAAUUUGAUUUUAUGGAUAAUGGUCAAUAGUGAUAAGUAGGAGUUAAUCAACUUCAAGCAACUGGAUAUGAUUUUGAACAAUGUCAUUGAAUUUGAUAUGAUUUC